CAUUCAAAAAUUCCAAAACCCAUUCUAACAUUCCUUCAAAAAAAACCCCAAAAUAAUUCAAAUCACAAAAUUUCUUCAAUUUUUCAUUGAUAUGAACAAGAUGAAUUGUGAGUUAUGUGAUAAGAACAAAUCAAUGAUGUAUUGUGAAUCAGAUCAAGCUAGUCUUUGUUGGGAUUGCGAUUCGAAAGUUCAUUCUGCAAAUUUUCUCGUAGCUAAACAUUCGAGAAAUCUCCUUUGUCAUUCAUGUCAAAAUUCAACUCCAUGGACUGCUUCUGGUCCAAAGCUUUCUCCUACUUUCUCUGUCUGCAAUUCCUGCCUCGAAAACCCUACCGCCGCCGCCGUUCGAUUACAAGAUCCAAUUGAAGAAAUUGGGGAAAGAAUUGAAGAAAAUUAUCAAACGGAAACGGAUAAUGACGAAGAUGAGGAUGAAUACGGGAGUACUGAGAGUGAAAUCGAUGACGACGAUGACGAUGAAGAGGAUGGGAAUCAAGUUGUUCCUUUAUCUUCUUCUCCGUCGAGUAAUUUCUCUCCACCGUCGUCGGUGCGUUCGGUGAGUUAUUCCGGCAGUUAUGGAGAUUUAUCAGCUGCCGGAGAUUGUGGCGGCGGCGCUACGGUGGCUGUUAAUUCAACUCCGUGGAAGCGAGUAAGGGAAAGUGAUUGCCUACAUUUUGAGGAUGAAGAAGCAUGUUCGUCGAGUUUGUUGUUGGAAGAGAACAAGGGAACAUCUUCAUCCAUAGGGUUCUUGAGACCAAUGAAGGUGGUUCGAACAAAUGAGUUGUGUGAUUAGUCACAACUACGUAUAUAGUGUAAUUUCAUAAGUGAGAUCUGAAACGAGUAGGUAGGAGUUGUCUUUAUUAUGCAAAAUCUUGUUUCUCUACGAUCGAUCAUUUGACUACAAGAGACGUACACAAAUAGAAUUAUGCAUUUUCCUUUU